UACAACCUCUCGUAUAUAUAUACACAUUCACAUCCGACUUAUGUAUACAUCCUACACUACAUAUAAUCCUAUAUAUCUCUAUGUACAAUAUCUAAGCGACACAAGAAAAAAAAACUAAAGAAAAUCAUAGCUACAAUCUCUCUUUCUUCUUCUUCUUCUUAUUAUUAUUAUUACGUUUUUGACCAUGCAACAAGCACUUCCUUACAAAUCAUCAUGUUUAUCUUUAACCUUACAAGAUCCCAAACCCCUCAACCAAAUGAAUCAUAGUACCAGCAGCAGCAGCAGUAGUACUUCUAUGUAUGUCAAAGGUUCAAAAGAGGAAUUGAAGAACAUGGUUAAAGACAACGCUGUUAUAGUUGUUGGUAGACGAGGUUGUUGUAUGAGCCAUGUUGUCAAACGUUUGUUGCAGUGUUUGGGAGCUAAUCCUGCUAUUUAUGACAUUGAGGAACAAGAUGAAAAUGAGGUUAUUGAUGAGCUGGAGAAUAUUGUCGCCGCCGUCGACGGCAGUGAUGAUCGGAAAGAGGGUGGUCGUUUGCAGUUGCCGGCGGUGUUUGUCGGAGGAGAAUUGUUUGGAGGUUUGGAUCGGAUUAUGGCUGCUCAUAUUACUGGCGAGUUGACUCCUGUAUUGAAACAAGCUGGAGCCUUGUGGCUUUGAUUUCUUUUUUUUCUUUUUUUUUCUUUCUCUGCUACUAGUAAUUUCGACUAAUUGUUGAAGUUAAAUUCUUUUCCUUUCUCCUCUUUUUUGUUUUUCUUUUCCUUUUUGGCCGUUGCCAAAUAAAUCAAACUUGGCAGAUGUGGAAAUUCUUGAACGGAGUACAAAUUAAUUAUGGUAGCUUAAAUGGAGAGGUGAGCACUCGGAUUAAGACAUAGUUGUUGUUGUAUAAAAAAGUUACGGAUAAUUUCAAUUACAAAAGUUGGGGUUAGAAUAGUUAAACCGAAAAUGGGGAGCUGCUCAAAUAUAGAUAGUUGGUUUUGUGUUUUAGCCUUCGCCUUGAUUGGUGCUGUGCUUUUUACUUAGUAAAUUGCAGGUUGCAUAUAAUAAUUCAGUUGGUUA